AUGCUAACAAUCAAACUCUUGUUGGAUGCGAAGCAAGCAGUGGAGCAGAAAUUGUUAUUCCUAAAUUGUCAAAGAGAUAUAUAUAGAAAUAACUAUGCAUUCAAGAGUUGUAGAACAAUCAUUUCAGUUAGUUUCGAAGAAGAUAGUCAAAUUGUUAGUAUUUCGAAUUAUAGUUUUUAUAACACAGGUCUAAAAACAGCGAAUCUGAGUCAAUGUAAACAAUUAUCAUUACUAAAUGGAUAUUUAUUUUACUAUUGUAAAUACUUAGAAACAGUUAUUCUUCCACCAAAUAUUUCUUGUAUUGGAAUGCAUUGUUUUAGGUUAAAUAAUAAACUUAAAUCAAUAGAAUUACCAGAUUCAGUUAAAAUUCUUGAGUCAACAGCAUUUAAUCCAUCAGGUUUAACACCCAUAAAUAUUUCAAGUAACUCAAAAUUAGAAAAAAUUGAUGAAUAUUGCUUUCAACAACUAUCCUCAUUAUACAUUCCUAAAUAUUUAAAUGCAAUGCCUCCAACAGCAAUUGCUGAAUGUCCUUUAGAAAGCAUAGAAAUUAAUCCAGAAAACCAAUAUUUUAAAUAUGAUUCAAAAUUUCUGUUUUAUGGAAGAACCAACUCAACAUUAUUUAAAGUUCUUCCAACCUAUUCUGAUAAUGAACUGACUGUUCCUAAUUAUGUAACAGAUAUUGCUGAUUAUUGUUUUAAUGGUUUAAAUAUUUUAUCAAUCAAACUACAUAGCAGCAUUGAAACCAUUGGAAUUUAUGCAUUUUAUAAUUGUGCUAACCUAACAAAUAUUACAAUCCCUGAAAAUGUCUCGCAAAUUGGAGAAUAUGCAUUUGCGAAUUGUAUAUCACUUACUAGUAUUUCAAUUCCAUCUAAAGUUUCUAUUAUUAGAAUAAGUUUAUUUUAUAACUGCGAAUCUUUAUCAAACGCCAUAAUAGAAGAUGGAAUAGAAAACAUUAAUGAUAAAGCAUUUUUUUAUUGCAGAAAUUUGCGAAGAGUAGUAAUUCCAAAAUCUGUGAGCUGGAUUGGUAUAAAUGCAUUCAGUGGAUGCACAUCAUUAACAAGUAUUGAAUUUAUUAACAAUGUCAUUGUAUUUGCUUUUAAUGCAUUUAUUGGGUGCACAUCAUUAACAAGUAUUAAAUUUAUAAACGAUACCAUAACAUUGAAUAAAGAUAUAUUUAAAGGGUGCACAGCAUUAGCUAAGAUUGAAAUUAUUAACAGUGCUAUUAUAACGCAGGCUCAAACUAUAUUUGAUAAUAUUCCUUUAAAUAUUUAUAUUCGUGAAAGGCUUCGCGUUAACGAAGUAAGUGACACAAUAAUUGCGAAAAAUAGUCAUUUAUUUAUUACAAGUGAAACAAAAUUAGAAGGCAAAUGCAAAUUUUUUUUCGGGCAGAAGUCUGUUUAUGUGCACAUCCAAUACCAGUUUAAUACUAUUGAUCAACAAACGCAAGAUAUAUUAGAUUAUAUUGCUAUUUCCAUUAUUCAUCAGAAUUUAAAACAAACUUUACUUUAUGCUCAAGUUAGAUUCCUAAACCGAAUAUGUUUUUUCGUAAAUAUUCACAAGUAA